AUGAUAAAGGUGUUGCAAGAAGCUACUGAGGCAACCUAUGGAUUCAGGCCUAGUUAUAGGAAGGUGUGGAUGAUAAAACAGAAGGCAGUUGUACAGAUAUAUGGGGAUUGGGAAGAUUCAUAUGCCGAGUUGUCCCGUUGGAUCCUUGGGGUGCAAGCCACGAUGGAUGGGACCGUGGCUAUGUUGAAGACUUCUCCGAUAUGCGUUGGUGAGCAUGUUGAUGAGUGUACGGAGUACUUUCAUCGUCUUUUCUGGACAUUCUCUCCAUGCAUUGAGGCAUUCAGACAUUGCAAGCCACUAGUGAGUAUCGACGAAACUCAUUUGUAUGGGAAGUAUGGCGGGACUUUGCUUCUGGCUAUCGCACAAGAUGGAAACUCGAAUAUCUUGCCCGUUGCCUUUGCACUUGUGGAAGGGGAGAAUGCAGAGUCCUGGUCCUUUUUCUUAUCCAAUUUGCGUCAACAUGUGACUCCUCAAGAAGGCAUUCUGGUAAUCUCUGACAGUCACAAUGGCAUUAAGGUUGCAUUGGAAGCACCUGAUAGUGGUUGGCUACCACCUCAUGCAUAUCGAGCGUUUUGCAUUCGACACGUUGCAGCUAAUUUUGCCCUCAGUUUCAAGGGGCAGGAUGCGAGGAGGCUGCUUGUGAAUGCCGCAUAUGCCAAGACUGAGGAAGAGUUUGACUAUUGGUUUGAUAUUAUGAGGACUGAGAAUCCGGGGACAGAGAAUCUGCCGGUCAAUGCACUAGUGAAGUCGACAUAUGGGAGGCUAGAAGAGCUUUUUGUCAUCCAAGGACAGUCAGCAGAGGCUCAGUUGGGAUCUGGCCACCAAUUUUUCCAGGCGCUAGUUAAGGCGAUAGAGCACAACUUGAAGGAUUCGAGGUACUUCACUGUUACUCUGUUUGACAGGCAUUAG